AUGCCCCCCGUGCUCCCGUUCUCAGUGCUGCGGGUGGAGCCUGUAGAAGAUGCUAUGCUUCAGUCACUCCCGGAGAUGGAUGAGUUUCAUUCAGUGGUAUUCUCUCUAGAUGCCAAUAGUGCUCCAGGCCUUGACGGCUUUGGGGGCGGGGUUUAUCAAUUUUGCUGGGAGGUUAUCAAGGAAGAUUUGCUUGAAACAGUGCAAGAUUUUUUCAAGGGUGUAGGCAACCUAGGAGUUUUUCUAACUGGUUUCGUACCUGGGAGAGGUAUUAUGGACAAUGUGUUACUAGCUCAAGAGUUAGUGUUAGAUUUGGAUAGGCGCCUGUCCAUCCUGAAUUUAAUUCUUAAACUUGACAUGGAGAAAGCAUAUGACAGAGUCGAGUGGCCAUUCCUGCUAUUCUUGCUUCACAGUUUUGGGUUUUCAGAAGAAGUAGUGGACUUGUUAUUUAGAACUUUCUCCAAUUCCUGGUUUUCUAUUCUUGUUAAUGGUCAACCAAUAGGUUUCUUUAAAUCAAGUCGGGGGGUUCAUCAGGGUGACCCCUUAUCACCCGGCCUUUUUCUUUUCGUGGAUGAGUUUUUGGGUUGGGGUAUUCAGGAACUGGGUCGGACCCAUAUGGGCAGCCGCUACAUCUCUACUAGAGUGAAGGUGCCUUACCUGGCCUUUGCCGAUGAUACGAUAAUUUUUACUCGCUGUUCGAAUUCUUGUCUGAUGGCAUUGCGAAAUUUCUUACUGCUUUACCCCAAACAUUUGGGACAGAAAGUAAAUGUGAGCAAGAGCGUGUUUCUGGGGGUAUUCGAGAAUGUCUUUGGAACAGACCAGAAUUCAGCCCGGUUCCAGUCGUGCCCCUUCCCCCCAGAUCAGGUGAUCUUUCACAUUGAGGACUAUAUUAGUCAAAUGAGGAAAGCAGGUUUGUUUACAUCGACUUGCUUCACUAUUGAUGAAGAUUGUCUGUGGGCAGGGAUUGGGAGGGCGCGGUGGUGGAGGCUGCGCAUCGAGGGCUUGGAUGUGUUGUUGGCGAAAGCUGCCUCAAUACUUGCGGGAUUGUGCUUCUGCAGUGAUAAGGGCUUUAGCUCGUUUGUCGUGGAAUCAAACCCUCAGGUUCUUGUUCAGUUGGUUCACUCUGAGGCAUUGUCUAAGUGGUCGUUGUGCAAUACUCUGCAUGAGAUCCGGCAUUUGCUUAACAGGCUCGGCGAGUCAUUGAGUCAUGUGUAUAGAGAAGCAAAUGCGGUAGCUAAUACUUUGGCUUCCUUGAACUUGGGAUAUCAAAAAUAUUGGGAGACAUUGACAGAUUUUCCUGCCAAGGUUCGAGCGUUGGUGCACGUUGAUUGUCGUUAA